AUGUUUAAACCAUUUGUAACACCUCUUAUAAUGAUGAAAAAAUAUUUAAUGAGUUCAGAAAAUGUUGCUUUAUAUGGUGAAUGUCGAGCUUUUUUAACAUGUAUUAAAAAAAAUCAUCGUGAAAUAUUUCGUGUGACUUCACUUAAUCGUGAUUUAUCUGAUGAAGCAGAUCAAGUACAAACAGGUGGAACCGAUGAUAUCUCAUCAUCAACAUUUAGUAUUAAAUUAAAACGUAAUAAAUAUCCAUUUAUUUAUUUACAGUGCUGGCCAAAAGUCCCGAACCCCCCUGAACUUCACUCAUAAUAAGAGCUAGACAGCUGAAAUUUUGUAUGUAUAUACCCUAUAAUGAAUGCUGAUCGUAGGCACAACCCCCGUC